CCGGGUAAAGUGUCAUGGCGGCGCGCUGAUCUGUCUAUUUCCAAAGACAUCGAAACUGCGUGUUUUCUGACGCGUUGAGGUAAAUUGUAAGUGAGCCGAUCUGUCGGAACCGGGAUGAAGAUUGAAGAUGCCAUGCAGUGGAAAACCAGAGGCUCUAUAGUGUACGCCGUGGGCAUCUGGACCAUGAUCGGAACUUACGGAUAUUUGAAAUACACAGGUCGUUUAGAUAACGUUAAAGUGGAGGUGGAGGAGGUGGAGAACACGAACAAGAAGGUCUUCCAGAGUAAAUAUGGGAAAACUGAGAUCAUCAGGAAGGAGAACUUCGUCCCGUACUCCACCAGGAUCUUCAGAUUCAUCACGUCUUUCACUGGUCAAACCAACGCCCCCCAGGACUAUGUAUCCUCCUCAAACGAUGACGGAGACGCCUCAAACACUCAUGUUGAUUAAAUAAUUCCUGCGUCUUUACUCGUUUGGCGUCUUCGGCUCUUUUAAUGGCCGAAUCUCCAGCGCACGUUUGGAUCAGAAGCGUUUCUCGUCUGGAAUGUUCGGUUCUGUUUGUGUUCCACUGACUAAAAAUAAACCUAAAUAUGUAAAUAUUA